AUGAACUCGCCCAUCGCCUCGCUUCUCUGGCGCCACCUUCGAGUAUACCAGAUCUUUGGCGCCAACACGGAGGUGGGCAAGACGGUAUUCGCGACGCUCUUGAGCCGUGCAGCCAAGAGAAGGUGCCAGCAGGAGACUGUCACAUUUUUGAAGCCUGUUUCGACCGGCGCCGUCGAGGAGGCUGAUGAACGGUGCAAACACCUUCAACGCUUUGCCGCCACAACCACGCGCAAAACUCUCUUCCAGUAUCAGCUUCCCUUGAGUCCACACCUCGCCGCUCCGGCAUCUGGACAACCCGUCCCGUCGGACCAUGUCCUGCUCGCCCGGUGUCAUGACUUUGCCGCCCAAUGCGCCAGCGAGGGUCCAGGCUGGCUGUUCCUCGAGACUGCUGGCGGCGUCCACUCUCCCGCUCCAUCGGGAACAACCCAGGCCGACAUGUACAUGCCCCUUCGCGCUCCCACCGUCCUCGUCGCCGACCCUCGCCUCGGCGGCAUCUCCCAGACCAUAGCCGCCUUCGAGUCGCUUCACAUUCGAGGCUACGAUGUCGUUUCCGUCCUGCUCUUCCGCAAUGCCAAGUACAAAAACCACACUUUCCUCGCCGACUACUUCACCGAGCGCCAUGGCCUUCCUGUUACGAGCAUCGCGGAGCCUCCUGGGCGGCUGGAAGACUGCCAGCGGGACGCGGACGCCAUGGACGAAUACUACGCCUCUGGCCACUGCGAGGAGACUGCUGGCCAGAUACUGCAUCACCUAGACUCCCGCCACGCUCACCGCAUUGACUCCCUGCACUCCCUGGCUUCCAAGGCACACAAGCACAUCUGGUACCCCUUUACGCAGCACAGCCUACUAGACUCCAAGGACAUCACCACCGUUGACUCUGCUCACGGCGACUGUUUCCAGACCCUCGCACCAUCGUCUGACGCGGACCGCCAGCCUCUCCUUCGCUCUUCCUUUGACGGUUCCGCCUCGUGGUGGACUCAAGGCCUCGGUCAUUCGAACCCGAACCUCACCCUUGCCGCCGCCUACGCUGCAGGCCGGUACGGGCAUGUGCUCUUCGCCGCUUCCGCUCACGCACCCGCCUUGGAGCUCGCCGAGACGCUGCUCGACGGUAUGCGCAACCCGAGGCUCAACCGCGUUUUCUACUCCGACAACGGCAGCACCGGCACCGAGGUUGCCGCCAAGAUGGCUCUACGCGCCGCACGCCUACGCUACGGCUGGCCUGUGGAUGCCCGACUCGGCAUGCUGGCGCUCCGGGGAGGGUACCACGGCGACACCAUGGGCGCCAUGGACAUGGCCGAGCCCUCCGCCUUCAACGAAAAGGUCGAGUGGUACGAGGGCAAGGGAUACUGGUUCGACUAUCCAAGCAUCCUGUGCGUCAAUGGCGCGUGGACGGUGACGGCCCCCGCCGGCUUAACAAAGGAUCUUGGCCACCCAACGUCGUACCACUCUCUGGCUGCCAUUUUUGACCUCGACCGUCGAGAGUCACGCGGGGAACAUGAAGGGUACGAGAUGUACAUCCGGAAAGUCUUGUCCACGCUUCAGCGCCAGGGUCGCACGUUUGGCUCCCUCAUCAUCGAGCCGGUCGUCGUCGGCGCCGGUGGCAUGGAGCUUGUUGACCCUCUCUUCCAGCGGACGCUCGUCAACGUCGUCCGCCAGUCGCCGCAUCUAUUCGACACCCGCGGCGGAUCGCCCGCCUCACCCAAAGACUCGCACGACUGGAGCGGCCUGCCUGUCAUUUUUGACGAGGUUUUCACUGGCUUGUACCGCCUCGGCCGCUUCACUUCAUCUUCAUUUCUUGGCGUCCACCCUGACAUCUCGGUACACGCCAAGCUGCUCACCGGUGGCCUUGUCCCGCUCUGCGCGACGCUUGCCUCGGAGCACAUUUUCGACGCCUUCGGUACCUGUGAUAAGACAGACGCGCUGCUGCACGGUCAUAGCUAUACGGCCCAUCCUGUUGGUUGCCAGGUUGCCGUUGAGUCCCUGCGAGAGAUGCAGGCCAUGGACGCACGCGGUGCUUGGGACUGGGCCAAGGCGCAAGGGUGGCGCACCCCGGUAUUGAACGAGACUGCCGGUCCGGAUGAUCUCCCUUGGUCGGUGUGGCCUCACAGCCUGGUCACAUACUUGUCGCAGCAAAAAGCUACUGUGAAGGGGGCCUGGGCGCUCGGCAGUGUGCUUGCAAUUCACCUCAGGGACGACGCUGGCACCGGCUACAGCAGCAACGCGGCCCUGACCUUGAGGGAGGCUCUUCGAAAGGGGGUUGAGGUUGGCGCUGCUCGCCCGUGGAAUGUCCACUCGAGGGUCUUGGGCAACGUUCUGUACCUGAUGGCUAGUCAGAUGACGACGGAAACGACCAUCAAGCAGAUAGAGCGUUUACUCCAGGAGAGUCUAGCAUGA